GAAAGGUUAAGCCACUUGCCCCAGAGUCAGGGUUAGGAAGUGGUAAAUCGAGAUUUGGAGCCAAGCCUUCUAAGGGCGUAGGAUGAGGAGUCUGGUGCAUGGUGAUUACUUGAAUUGCGGGAGCUGUCAUUUUUCUGUUAUUGUUAAUGUUAUAUAAUCUUCACUGUUCAGAAAGUCAGUGCUGGAGAUGGGCUUUUGGUGGUGGAGAGAGGACACUUGAGUCCAGCAGGGAAUUCUGCAGUUAUAGUGGGAGGAUACCAGUACUUAGAGCCUCCUAGUCAGUGUUAACUGAAACUUUGCAAAGACAGACAGACCACAGUGCCUGGCUCAUAGUAAUCCCUUGACCAGUGUUAAUCAUAGCCACUGACUGACUUGGGUUCAAACCCUGGCCCUGUAGUUACUUGCUGUGUGACCUCGGACCUGCCACUCUAAUCUGUAACUUGGAGAUCACUUUUACUUUUUACCGUGGGUGGUUGUGAGGAGUCACUGAGAUGUGAACAUAUUCAGUGCCUGGCAUGUAAACAUUCAGCAGGAGCUACUGCAUGGGCACUGGAAUCAGGGAGAACUUGUUUUUGAGUCCUAGUAAAGUGCUUGCUAGAUGUGGCAUUUGGCAAAUGACUGCACCACAAUGAGUUGGUUUUUUCAUUGAUUAAAAUGGGGCUCAUUAUAGUCCUCACUCAUGAGGAGGUUGUGAGGCAUCAGUGUGAUGCCUGGCAUUGGUCCUGGUGCAUAGAUAGUGCCUGGUGUGUGAAAUGCUGUUGUUCUGUCUAACUCACUGAAGCCUCUCCAUGCCUUUUGCUCUUUGAGAGAUGUUGGUUGUAUUGUCUUUGUCCAGUGGUAAAAUCCCAAAGGGAAAAGGGAUCUUAGGAGCCGAGUACAGGGUGAAGUGAUGUGCGUGGUCAUGUUCAUCAUCCUACUUGGGAGUAGAGGAGAGAGCCUCACAUCUGGGGACUUUGGGAAGGCUUCACAAAGCAGGCAGCCAAUCAGAGUGAUGGAGAGCUUGCCAGGAGGACAGGAGGAGCAAGCAUUCCAGGCACAGAUGGGGACACUGAGGCCCGACUGGUGAAGUCCCUUGCCAAGGUCACACAGCUAAUGCCAAGCUCUGGAGUUUGUUUGUUUUUUGCUGCACCUUGCGGCAUGUGGGAUCUUAGUUCCCUGACCAGGGAUCGAACCUGUGCCCCCUGCAGUGGAAGCGCGGAGUCUUAACCACUGGACUGCCAGGGAAGUCCUCAAGCUCUGGUUUUUGUUAACCUCAGUAUUCCUGGCUCCUAGAACAGUGCCUCACACACAGCUUCAGGGAGCAGAGUGAAGGCGAGGGAGACAAUGGUCUCUGUAACUAUGGCCACUUCUGAGUGGAUCCAGUUCUUUAAGGAAGCCGGCAUUCCUCCGGGACCUGCUGUCAAUUACGCAGUGAUGUUUGUGGAUAACAGGAUCCAGAAGAGCAUGCUGCUGGAUCUCAACAAGGAGAUCAUGAAUGAGCUGGGCGUGACUGUGGUGGGUGACAUCAUUGCCAUCCUCAAGCAUGCCAAGGUGGUGCACCGCCAGGACAUGUGCAAAGCUGCCACCGAGUCGGUGCCCUGCAGCCCCAGCCCCCUUCCAGGCGAGAUUCGCCGAGGCGCCUCUAGCGCCGCCUCCCGGAUGAUCACCAACAGCCUGAACCGAGACUCCCCACCUGGCACUCCCCCCAGGCGGCCGGACACCAGCACCUCCAAGAUCUCUGUCACUGUGUCCAACAAGAUGGCAGCAAAGAGUGCCAAGGCUGCCGCAGCCCUGGCCCGCCAGGAGGAGGAGAGCUUGACUGGUCCCACCAAGCGGCGCCGGGUCACGGCCGAGAUGGAGGGGAAGUACAUUAUCAACAUGCCCAAAGGCACCACUGCCCGGACCCGUAAGAUCCUGGAGCAGCAGCAGGCAGCGAAAGGUCUCCACAGGACGUCUGUGUUUGACCGCCUUGGCGCCGAGACCAAGGCAGACACGACGAUGGGGAAUAAACCCACAGGAGUCUUCAGCCGCCUGGGGGCCACCCCAGAGACCGACGAGGAUCUGGCUUGGGACAGUGACAACGACAGCAGCAGCUCUGUCCUGCAGUAUGCCGGGGUCCUGAAGAAGCUAGGCCGGGCCCCAGCCAAAGCCAGUCCCCAGCCCGCACUAACUGUCAAAGCCAAGGCCACAAGCUCGGUGGCAACGGCCGCUGCCCCAACGCUGCGGCGCCUGGCAUUUUCCUCACGACCUGGGCUCGAGAGGAAGCCGGAGUCCCUAUCCAAAGUCAGCAUCGUCCAGAGACUGGGCAAGGCUGCCCUCGUGCCGGAGGCCCAGGACAGCCAGGUCACGAGCACCAAGAGUAAGUCCUCGGCUGAGGUCAAGGUCACCAUUAAGAGGACUCUGGUGGGGCCCCGGGGGAGCAGCUCCAGCGAGGGCCUUGGUGCCCAGAUGGACCACGCGGGCACUGUGAGCGUGUUCAAAAGACUGGGCCGCAGGACCUUCUAGCCCAAGGGCGGGGCGCAGGCCCCUCUCCAGCCUCCAGGCUCCAUCAGAGUCUUCAGCGAGGGCGCGCGCACGCUCCCUGCCGGCUGCCGGGUGACACUGCUUGUCUCCCUCAGGCAUUCCGCCAGCCUGAGCUUCCUGGGGAUUCGCCCGGUGUUUCUGAGUCUGAGACGGUCAUUGUGGCCCGGCCUUGCCGCUCUGGGACUUUCCCUUCUCUCGCGUCCUCUGUUCUCUCCUCUCUGACCGUGGCCUUGGCAGGACACACUUUUCUACCUCUCCAAGUGCCAAGUGCCCUUUUCCUGUCCUCCAUUCCCCAUCCUCCCUCUCAGCAACAUCUGCUGCCUCAAACCCCGGCUCCGGGCCUCCCUGUCCCCCAGGGUGGGUGUCGUCUGAAGGGGCUCCCGUAUCCCCCACCCCCCUGGCUUCCUCACUUCCCUCCCUCCUCUGCCCCCUCCCCCCGAUGCUUUGACUUCUCUCUCUCCGUCUCUUCACUCUGUUCAUUUCUUUUCUGUUUUCUGUCCCUGUGGCAAGGCCCGACUGUCCGCUGCGUCCUGCCUGACCCUCCUGCACCUCCGGCCUCCCAGCGGCCCCCUCGUCGGCGGCGGUGGCGUCGAGCCUGUAGAGACUGUUAGCCGCCGUCACUCCUAGGCUGGAGGGACCUCCCCAGACCCCAGGCUGCAGCUGGGGCACCUGCCUGGGCAUCUUUUUCCCUGAAAGUCGGUGGCGGGUGGUGGGUAAGGGGCACUAAGAAGGGAAGCCAGCACCGAGAGAAGAAAACAGCUAUUUUAAUAUAUUUUUGUGACGUUCA